AUCCUCGUUAGGAUUAGCUAAAGCCUUUACCGCACUCGAAUUGGGUUCAGAAUACCAUGGCAACGCCAAGAAUGGUGAACACAUGAAUGGACCAGUGCAAUGACUUCUUCUUCGUCGUCGUCUUCCCUUUCUCCUUCUUGCGCCCUAGUAAAAAGCGACGCUCAUUUGUAUACUAUUUGUAUUCUGUUUGCGCCUGCUGGGUGCACAGAAAAUGUGCCGUUCGUGAGCGCGUCACGAGACUGUGGAUGGAUGGAGGUUAUAUUUAGACUCUGAGAGAAAACGGUGGGGUUGGGUGAUUCCUCUGAAGGAGUUUUGUCAAGGACCCGCUGUUUGAGACUACAGAGCAGAGGAGAGGAGAAGAGAGGAGGAGGAGGGGGUUAUGGACGCUGCGCACAAAUACCAAAAUAGGAUCGAGCUGCCUGCCUGCGACUGUCCUGCGUGAGCUAAAUUGAGGCUCAUGUGUGGUGGAGACGGGAGAGCUUGAGGACAGUGUGGAAGGAGAGACAGAAAAAAAAGCUCGAGUCAUUCAUGGAAAUAGGAUAUCAUGUCACAUAAACAAGCCGAAAUCUACACAUAUGACUUCUGUGAUGGUGACCAUCCGGCAGAGCUCCUGGAUGCGCUCAGGCACUUCUACAUUAGCGGGCUGUUUACCGAUGUCGCUCUGCAGUGUGGCGAGUCGGGACAGGUGUUUCACUGCCACAAGGCGCUGCUGUCAGCCCGCAGCUCCUAUUUCAAAGUCAUGUUCACAGCUGACAUGAAGGAGAGAUCAAACAGCGUCAUCAAACUGAGCGGCAUAGACUACGGGGUGCUGGGUGCUCUGGUGGACUAUGUGUACACUGCUCAGGUGUGCAUCACUGAGAGCAACGUACAGAGCCUGCUGGAGGCUGCAGACCUGCUGCAGUUCGUUCCUGUGAAGCAAGCAUGUGAGGAGUUUCUCAUUCGCCUCCUGGAUGUCGACAACUGCCUGGGCAUGCACACUUUCGCUGAGCUGCACCUGUGCCCUGGGCUGGAGAGGGAGGCACGCAGAGUGAUGCUGAGCAGGUUCCCGGAGCUCAUUCAGCAGGAGGAGUUUCUAGAGCUGCACCCUGAGAAGAUGAGAGAAGUCUUGGCUGUACAGAGCCUCACUGUGCAGAAAGAUGAAGUGUUGAUAGAUGCUCUCGCCACAUGGGUAAACCAUGACUUAGAUAAUCGCAUACACCACGUUUCAAUUAUGCUACAUUCCAUCCAUCUGGAUCUGGAUGAGAUUUACUUUAAGACCACGUUAGACGUGUAUAGACAAUACUUAAAGAAGAAUGAUGGGAAAUUGAAAUCUGUAAUCAUCCAGGCUUUAAGGUCAAAUGGAAAAGAGAUACCUGCGGCUAGAAAAAUGUCUGCCAACAUGUAUAUCAUUGGAGGGUACUAUUGGCACCCCCUUUGUGAAGUCCACAUCUGGGAUCCUAUCAGCAACACAUGGGUGCAAGGAAAGGACAUGCCCAACCAUGCAAGAGAGAGCUACAGCGUCAGUUUACUUGGUGCAAAUAUCUAUGUGACAGGUGGCUACAAGACAAACACUGUUGAGGCCCUGGACACUGUUUCAAUUUAUAACUGUGACUGUGAUGAAUGGACUGAGGGCUGCCCCAUGAUUACAGCCAGGUACUACCAUUGCUCUGUGGCGUUGCACGGCUGCAUCUAUGCCAUCGGAGGCUACCGGGGAGGAGCUCCAGAACGAGACACCGAAUUUUAUGAUCCGUUAAAAAAGAAAUGGUUCCCUGUGGCCAAAAUGAUCCAAGGUGUAGGAAAUGCUACUGCGUGUGUAAUGGGUGAUAAAAUCUAUGUAACCGGAGGUCAUUAUGGCUACAGAGGAAGCUGCACCUAUGAAAAAACACAGGUGUACAGACCAGAUGUCAACGAGUGGAGCAUCAUUACAAUAAGUCCCCAUCCAGAGUACGGGCUGUGUUCUGUGUCUCUCAACAACAAGCUGUAUGUGGUGGGUGGACAGACGACGAUUGCCGACUGCUACGACACAGAGAGAGACGAGUGGAGACCGAUAUCGGUGAUGAAGGAGAGGAGGAUGGAGUGUGGGGCCGUGGUAAUAAAUGGUUGUAUUUACGUAACAGGUGGAUACUCGUACUCCAAAGGGACUUACCUUCAAAGCAUCGAGAAAUAUAACCCUGAGCUGGACUCGUGGGAGAUAGUGGGGACUCUCCCCAGCCCGACCAGGUCACAUGGCUGUAUUUGUGUUUGUGGUGUUUAGUGACACAAAUUUUUGUUUACUGAUUAUUUUGUGCCAAAUGGAUCUAACAGUGACUCCACUGAAGAGAGCUAAUAUUCCACACUUCAUAUUUAUCUCACAGCAUGUCAGCCUGCACCAGAUCCUUUAGGAAGCUAUUUGCCAAACUGUGAAUAUAGUGAUGAAUACCAGCUUUUCAUACGAAACUCAGGGGCCUCAUGUUGAGGGUUUUUUGUUUGUUUGAUUGUUUGUUCAAAAUAGACUGAAAAGAAAUGCAAAAAAAGAGAAGAUGACAUUUUAUAAUCUAAUAAGUAUUAUUUAAAAAUCACACUACAAAUAAACUUUUAUUAGUAGAGGUGUACUAGGUUGUACCUUGAUUAAAUAAAGUACUAAAAUGCUAAUAAAGUUCUGUUUGAGUUCAGUGAAUUUUAUGGACUUAAGAAAUUUAUUUGGCAUCUGUUAAACUGUUUGUUAACACAAAUAUUAAAUAACCAGUCACAUAGCAGCAACUCAUUGCAUUUAAGCACGUAAACAUGUUCAAGAUGAUCCUGUGAAGUUCAAACUGAAUGGGGAUGAAAGGUGAUUUAAGUAACUUUGAAUGGUUGAGGGUUGUUGGCAUUUCACAAACUGCUAAUCCCAGAUCGCUAUCUCUAGGGUUUACAGAGAGAAGAUGUCCAGUGAGUGGCAGUUCGCAAGUUGAAAUAACUGAUCCAAGACAGAAUGACCAGACUGCUUUGAGCUGAUAGGAAGGCAACAGUAACUCAAAUAACCACUUAAAGCGGGGCUAACUUGGCAGCAGAAGACCAGACUGCAUGCCACCCCUGUCAGCUAAGAACAGGAAACAGGCUACAGUACAAACAGACUCACCAAAAUUUGAACAAUACAAGACUGAAAAAUGCUGAUGAGUCUUGAUUUCUGCUGCAACAUUUGGAUGAAAGGAAUUCGGCAAAAACAACAUGAAAGCACGGCUCCAUCCUGCCUUGUAACAAAGGUUCAGGAUUAGGGUCUUACAGUAUGGGGAAUAUUGUUUUGGCACACUUUCAACUUCUUAGUAGCAACUGAACAUUGUUUAUUCACCACAGCCUUCCUGAGUAUUGUUGCAGACCAUGUCCAUCCCUUUAUGACCACAGACAGUCUGCCCAUCUUCUGAUGGCUGCUUCGGGCAGGAUAACACUCCAUGUCACAAAACUGAAAAACUGGUUUCCUGACAUGACAGUGAGCUCACUGUAUUCAAAUGGGCCUCCACAGUCACCUCCACAGUAUUUUAUUCUUU